AAUAAACUCGCUGUGGAAAUGGACUACUCCAUUUUGAAAGAGACCAACCGCUGUUGGCUGCUGCAUAAUCUCCUUCAGGAUGCAGUUUUUGGACGGAUUAAAGAACAGCUGAAGCAGAUCAAGCAAGGUCUGAAAGAGACCUAUGUUCUGGACUUGUUGGAGGCAAGACCUGAUGCCAUCACACAAGUGUUCCCAUCCGAGGCCGAGGCUACCUGCAGUCCCGAGGUUGUUCUAGACUUUAUUCAGUGGCCUCAGGAAGAUGAUGGCCAGGAACCAAAAAAAAUCAAAGAGUUCCUAAUGCAAUUCAUCAGCACAGUCUCCCAGGACAAGCUUAAACAGCUCGUCAAGUUCUGGGUGGGCUGGGAGAUCCCAAUGACCGAAAUGAAGGUGGAGGUGGUGGAUAGCAACCAUUAUCCAAGGGCAUCCACGUGCUUCCGCACACUCCGUCUGCCAUCACACUACCAGACCUACGAUGACUUCAGGCAAAGUCUAGAAAUGUGCCUUGGCACCAGUGAGUUUGGAUUCGGCUUAAUUUAAUGAGUCAGAAAUACUCAUUCAAGUGCUGUUGCACA